AUGAACCUCAGCAACAGCUCAACAAUCCCGAACCUUCUCCCAGAAACCUCAGUCGACGAUAUCAUCCUAGUUAUCGUUGCUCUAGUUUUGUCAAUAUCCAUUAUCUCCGUCAACUUCGUCACCAUCGUCGUCAUCAAGAGAACCCACCAUUUGCACACCCUGUCCAACAUCUACAUAGUAUCUCUAGCAGUUGUAGAUUUGAUUGUCGGACUUGGACUUUUGCCGCUGUCUGCGUUCUACGUUCCCUCAGUCAGGCGAGAUUACUACGACCGCGAUGCCAACUUGUGUGUCUUCGUGCUUGGGACUAAUCUAGGAAUGGCUGUAGUGUCCACUCUACACAUGACCCUCAUUGCCACUGACCGAUACUUGUACAUAGUUUGGCCUUACUUGUACCAGAAAUAUGUCCAUCGGAAGCUUGUCUUCGCAAUUCUGGGCAGUACUUGGAUAUUUGGCAUAUUUUACGGCCUGGUUCCCCAAUUUAUCUAUCGGGAUAUAACGAGAUUCAAUAAAUGCGACAUAACUCUGAUCAUGCCAAAAGAAUAUUUGUUUUAUUCAAACGUCUCCAUCUACGUUCUGUGUGUCACAGUCGAUGUUGUCUUGUAUUCCCUGAUCCUUAUAGCAGCCAGUAGACAACGGCGAGUGAUCCGAUCCAGCUCUCAGUCUGUAGAUAGCACCAACACGGAUGGCUCACUCAGCGACACGACCACAUGCAUUACCCAAUACAACAUAUCAACAAUCUGCUACAACAACAGAAGAACUCAUGAUUCAAAUCAAUUCUUACCAUUAUCAAAUUCAGAAAUAUCUCAACAAGAAACGACCCGAUAUACUGAAAGCAGUCAUCAAUCAAACAAUCCACAGCAUUCAAAUAAUGCACAGCACAGUAAAACAUACUCUGUUAAAAGGCCGUCAGGAACUAGUCUUCCGUCUGGAAAACUUAGACACAGGAACAAGCGUUUGACAAGUGUUCGAUUUUUUAUGACAGUGUUUGGAGUGUACUUUUUCUGUCUGACGCCAACCGUUGCCUGCAUGGGCAUCGACUACCACCAACCGAUCCCCAGAGUCGUCUACAAUUUGUUCAACCUUCUAGCCUUGUUGAAUUCUGGCAUGAACUUCCUCAUCUUCUUUGUGUUGAACUCUCGGUUUAGAACUAGUGUGAUUGAACUGUGUCGAUGCGGAAAGUUCCCUAGGCACCGCAACUCUAGUGAUAUACCUUUUUUUGAUAGUUAA